AUGGCCCUUACACUCUCUCCUGCCCUUGUAUCCGAUGCCGAGCGCAUCGCCGAUAUUCAUAUGAGCGCCUUCCAGACCAAUGGCAUGCUACUUGCUCAGUUCCCAACCCCAACUGUUCGCAAGGGAUUGUGGAAAUCUCUUGUGGAAAAAGUGGUCACGGAAAUAAAUGAUCCUAAGUGGGCUGUGCUUGUUGUUCGGAAUGACAGGAACCAUGUUAUCAGCUUUGCGAAAUGGUGUUUACCCAUUCUCGAAUCGGAGAAGUACGAGGAAACACCAUGGAGAUGGCCGGAGGUGCUUAUUGCCCUCGUUAAAGAUAUACCCGUACAUGUUAACACCCGCCAGGCCUUAGUUUUAUGGCAACAGACCCUCUACACGAACGCUGUGGUGCAGCAGGUUUACUCGUUAGGUGGGGACUUGACCGCUGCAUUAAGGAGAAUGUACCAGCCGCUCUCGAGGACCCUGCGCCAGUUAAUCAAAUCGCCUGUCAGCCACACCUGCGCCGCAGUUGAGUCGGGCUGGGGGAAAGAUGGAAACAAAAGCCUGUCAAAGCGAUUUGUUAUUGGGAGGCUAUUUCAAGCUCGAAUCGUCUGCUUGUUAGCAUCCAUCGCGAACCUUGUUACCGCCAGUGGACAGAUAAUAGAGUUAAUAGGCACUUUCAAAGAUGGAGAGAAAGAGCUUGCCGACCUCGCAAAAGACAUUUCCAUAUUCCAAGAAAUCCUCAAAGGCUUUGUUCGAGGACUGAGGAGUACCCAAACAAGGAACGCAAUAUCGAAAGACUUCCUCCAAAAAGCCGUUGAAGAUGCUUCCGAAGCCAUCAAAGAACUAGAGGCUCGAAUCAUACUCCUUUCUAAGCCCGAGAGUUCCACUAGUGAUUGCCUGCAUAUCCUUAUGUCCCAAGCAAAUUAUGAGGCGCUCUUCGCUAUGGUCAACCAAAAUUCUCAGCUCCGAGAAGUCUGCGCAAAUGUAGCAGCGGAAUUGGAGAACGAAUCACUGCACGGUGAUGAUGCAGACGGCUUUCCGGAUAACUCUUUUAACUCAUUGUUUAUGAAUACCUCGGCGAAGAUGACCCAGGAUACAAAUCUCCUACCAUAUGGGAAGUUCGGUUCUCGACCUGAGAGUCUCAGUCUCUCGCAUACAAGUUCGCGAUCCUCGAUUAGCAGCUCGAUCUUCUCUUCUGGAACAAAUAGCACAUCUUCGUCCGCCCCUGAUCCCGACGAAUACAAACCAACCACGGCUCUAAUCACAACCCAGUGCAAACCGUCGACCGCAAUUCCAUCGAAUUCAUUUACCAUCCGCAAGGCAUGUCGAUAUAAUUGCUACUGUAAAUGCCAUACACGAAGCAUAGCCGUGUCUAAGGAAAAAGUCGAGUGUACUGAGCCCGAUUGCGCAGUUGCAAUAUUCUCCCCAAAACGGGUGGACCCUCCACGUUUUUUUAAGAAGGUUAUUACUCGUUUAGUAUCAUCCCAAAGUGUGAGACCCCAAUACAACUUGAGCAACUACCGAAUGGUUCCUGAAGGGUCUGAUGCAAUGCGAUAUGUCAAACAUGGAAAUUUGGAAAAAUUGAAACUCGCUAUCCAACUUGGAGAAGCCACGUUAUGGGAUACAGCUCCUGACGGAUGGUCCCUCCUUCAUACUGCUGCCUAUGCAAGAGAACUUCCAAUUGUCAAAUAUCUAUGCGAGCUUGGUGCCAACACCGAAGCUGGUGAUCUCGGUGCACGGAAGCCCGCUGAUCUUGCUAUUUUAAAGUCAUUGGGUGUAGACGCUGGCAGAGUCGAAGAAGAGAUUGUUCAGGUCUUUUCGAAAAAAGAUGACUAUAUCAGUGAUUUUGAGUUCACACCAAUUCAUAUUGCUGUUCUCGAUCUUUACGACCCUACAGACCGCGAACGCCCUUCUCUUGAAGAGCUUAUAGAGUUCGUUGACAAUGCUAACAAUGCACCACCAGGCACUGACUGGUCUUCCUGGAAAGCCAAAUAUAAGAAGAGGUCACCGCUAUUCUUAUCAGUUAUCGAGCAGUUUCGGGUUUCCUCGCUUGAAAACGCAUCCACGCAUAAGAUCAUACACAACUUGCUAGAUCAAAAGGAUAGGAAAUUUCAAUGGACGCCCUUACAUUGGGCUAGCUCGACGGGGCGGUCGGAUAAGAUGAAAAUUCUUAUUGCUAAGGGCGCGGAUCCUUUCAUGCAAUCAAACCUCAAUGCCAACAUCCUUCAUGCGGCAGUAGAGUCAAACGCACUGGAAAGCCUAUCUUAUGCGCUCGAGAUAUGCAAGCUUUACCCUGAUCAGCUUGAUAUCAACCAGGCCAAUGUUUGGGGAGAGUCGCCAUUGAUCAUGGCCGCCCAAGGUUGCCUUGUGGAUUGUGUUAAGCUACUCAUCAAUGCUGGCGCGGAUCGGAAUGUUCGACAGGAAAACGAACAAGUGGCACUCCAUUACGCCGGCCUUGCAAGCAUGAGCAAAACCAGGCGUGAAACCGUCUCGCUACUCUGUGCAGGAGAGAAUGAAUAUAGUCCCCAUAUUAAUGCUCAAGACGAGGAUGGCCGUACGCCGUUAUUUGAUUUGCUGGAUGACCGCGAAUGUGUGAAGAUACUAGUCGAACACGGCGCAAGACUCGACGUAUUGGACAACUCCGGUAAAAGCAUAUUCCAUCAUGCAUGCAUUCAGAACAUGGACCAGACGUUGAAGCUCUUACUUCGCUUGAUACCGGCGGAAUCUUCGGUCAACCCGACGCAAAAAGACGCCGUAGGGGACACUGCACUUCUGACGGCUUUACGCCACGGCAAUAUCAGAUGUGCAAUGACGCUGCUGGAGCUCGACGUGGUGGGGGACAUAGUUGGCCAAAAUGGAUGGACGGCGGUCCACCACGCGACCAAACUGGGCAACGCAGAUUUGCUGGAAGCGGUCUUGAAACAUCCGAGCUUCGUGAAGGGUAUGAAGACCGACGAUGGGAAAACGGCCCAGGAUAUCGCCAUGGAAGCGGGAACUUGGUGUGGGCGAGUAAAGGACCUUCUGAGAAAGUACAACUCUACGGUGACAUCAUUACUUUCUACGGAGACGACACAAAAUACAGCUUCUGCACCAAUUCCGUGUAUAAAACCCUAA